AUGGGCUUCGAAUGGGAUGCCGACUACGUGCCCGGCGCCAAGCUGGGCCUGCACUGCAUGCAGGUCGCCUUCGGUUUCGUCAUAUUUGUCCUCGAGAUCAUCCUCUUCCGAUCAAAUAACGCUGUGAUCAACGGCAACAAUGCCUGGCCGUUCGGCCUGUGUUUCCUCUCGAUUCCCGCCAUCGUCUACCUCGUCAUGGCUCCGAGGUGGCAGCGGACACAGAAGCUGGCUCAACCUCACGCAAUGGCCGUCAUUGACUGCGUCUUUGCCAUCUUUUGGCUCUCGGCUUUUGCCAGCCAAGCCGCAUACAACACGGCCAAUUCUUGCGGCGACGGCUGCAGGUUCAGCAAGGCCGUUGUGGGCAUGGCCUUCUUCGAGAUUCUUUUCUGGGCUGGCACAACCUUUCUGAGCGCCUAUACCCUCAAAUACUACCAAUUUAACGGCACACUUCCCGGAUACGACAAGAUCGCAUCCAGAAACAACCACCAGAACAUUGACCCGGACAAGGCUGCCUUCUCGAUGGCUCCCCACGACGAGGAGGCCUAUGCCCCGAUCCAUGCCGACGACCACGAUGAUCACCACAGCAACGUGCCCUACAAUGCAGACUCGUACAGCUCCCGCCCCAUGUUUGACAGCGAGACCGAGUACCGACCUCACAGUACGGCGCCGGCUGGCCACGACAACCCCUUCGACAGUGACUACCGCGCGCACAGCACAUCGCCCCACAACGACCCUUACAGCUCGGGAUAUGGUUCUCAGCCUGACGCCGGCGGCCCGCGAAUCUAUGCGCCGCCCUCUGCUGAGGACUACGACGAUAACAGACCAGCGCAGUUCCCUUCGGCAAACUACGACAGGACGCUGCACUAA